AUGGCAAAGCUCUUCAUUGGAGGUCUUGCCUGGCACACUACCGACGAAACAUUAUACGAAGGAUUCCAGCAAUUCGGCAAGGUGGAGGAGGCGGUUGUCGUCAAAGACCGCGACACGAAUCGCAGCAGGGGUUUUGGAUUUGUGCGCUUUGCGACCAAGGCGGAAGCCGAUGAGGCUCUUCAGAAAAUGAACAACACCCAAUUCGACGGUCGCCUGAUUCGAGUAGAUCAUGCCCAGGACAACAGGCAGGGCGGGCCUAGUCGUGGUGGUGGUUUUGCUGGAAGAGGUGGAUACACAAUGCCCAUGGCACCGGGUGGUUAUCAACAGCCUGGGACCCAACCACGAAACCCCAACCCGCAGGGCUUCGGCCGUGGUGCAGCGUAUCCUGCUCAGUAUGGGCAGUAUAAUCCGCAAUACCAACAACCAGGAAGCCCGUAUGGUGGAGGCCAGCAGCAAGGAGGCAACAACCCCUACGGCCAGCAGGGGCCACAUCGACAAUAG